AGAUGAGUUUGCGCCAGUUUAGCGCACGGCGCCUACGUGUACGUACGUGUGUAUUUAGUCGCAGAAUUUAGUACAACUCGUCGCGAACACACGUUUCACGCGCGUGAAUUUUAAAUAAAAGUUACAAACUUUCCUAAAAUUAAAUAAAUUAUGCACGUAUUGCCUUAAAUAUUCCUGUCCUACAAACAGUCACAAAAUGUAUUAAAGUACAGAUUAUUGGUAUCUGUCAUCACCUAUUAAUUAUAGAAGUGGAAUUAAAGUUCAGACCCCAUAAUGCACCACAAAAAUAAAUCAGCGAAAAUAUAUAAGCUUUUUUUUAAAGUACCUACUUAUUGUUUGUGAAGUAAAAACGUAAAUUUAAAUGAAAAAUGAAGACGAUAUUUUACAUUCUCGUGCUAAUGAGCACAUUGAGCGCUGUAGUAUCAGUGUACAAAAACCAAUGUUGUGACUCGGACAGAGUGAUGUUAAGAAGACAGACAGUUUGUUGGGAGCCUGUUACAAACACCACGGCCAACAUUAGUCUGACUUGCCCCGAAAGAUAUAAACAGCAUAUUGAUUAUACGAUAGAUGAAGAGGGUAAUCUGAUUUUUUAUUAUUUUGUAGAACUUCUGAAUGAAAACAGAAGUGUGAAAUUGGAGCUCGGAAGAUACUGCAUUGGAGAGCACACCACUUUAAAUGAUGUUAAACUGGAGAAGAAACAAAAGGCUGUUGUGUUUUGUUCAGACGAUGGCAGCGAUUCGCCAGUUAGCACUGACGUCAAAAUAUAUUGUAUGAUGGUAUCAGCAGUAUUUUUAGGUGCAACGGCUUUGGUAUACUCGUUGUUGCCAGAAAUAAGAGAUCUCUUGGGAAAAAGUAUAAUAAAUUAUUGCGUCAGCGCUACUUUUGCAUUUGUGCUAUUUAUUAUUAUGGAAAUGGAGUACACCGAUAUGACACUAUGUGCUAUUAGAGGAUUUUUAGCGUAUUUUUUCAUCAUCGGAAGUUUUUUCUGGACAAAUGCAAUUUCAAUUCAAAUUCUUAAAAAUAUGAAACGGCCGUACCUUUACGAUAGUGGAUGGUGGGAGUUCUUGCGAUAUGCCCUAUAUGCGUGGGGCUGCGCGACUGCCCUUACGAUUUGUGUCGUGGUUGUAAAUUACCAUCCUGGGAACCACAAGCGGCCGGGAAUUGGCCUUAUGCACUGCUGGUUUAUUGAUAACCAACAUUGGUAUUACUUAUUCAGUGUUAUGACGAUUAUUAUUGUUGCCAAUAUUGGCAUCUUCUCGUGGUGUUUGUACCACCUAUGGGCGCAGCAAUUCCACUCUAGUCAUAUCAAGGCCGUUAGAUACAAGUGUAUGUUAAGCUUAAGAUUAUUUAUGCUUAUGGGAAUACCAUGGAUUUUCGAGAUGAUCAGUACAGUAACAAAAUCAGGUUUAGUAACGGCUAUUUUGGACAUCUUCACCACUCUCCAAGGGCUCCUAACAUUCGUGGUACUAGUGUUGCUUCGUAAGAGGGCUCUAAAAGCGGUGUUGAGACACGGAUGGCUUUGUUGCUUAUCGAAGUCAGUUGAAAAACACCUAGCGUUAGUAGAAGACGUGGAAGACAUAGCCGAACAUACCGUGGACUAUAGACUGGACGAUCAGGAAAAAAAUGGAGUCACGAAUGGUAUUACGGGGUGAACAUAUUUUUAUGACAGCGACAAUUUGCGAGCUUCCCAUAGAAAUCGGAAUUAUUUCGAAUUCUUUGUUGUACCAACUCGUGGGAAGGGCCUCAGUUUACAAUUUGUUUGUCAUCACAUUUAAAAUUGUAUUAAAUGGCACCAGAUUCAUAGAUUAAUAUUUUUGUUUGGUGACAUUUUAUUUUUGUUGAUAAUUUCCUUAUUUGCUGUUGUUUAUGGCAGUAUACUAAAAAACUUUUGCGAUGAAAACAACAUUCUUUUAUUUGGGCUUGACCAACUGAACUUGUUUUAUAUGAUGUGUGAAAAAUGGAAAUGAGUUAGCGAAAAAUAAAUUAAAUAUUUAUUUCGACAUUAAACGGACAAAUGACAUUUUUUUUAAGUAAACGUAAUAUGUCUAUAAUGUGUCUAGUCAAUGUUAGUUUAUCUUAUUAAGAAUGUAAGAUUGAUACUUUAUGUGCGUAUAGGCAUACUUACUCAUACUUACCUACUCUGUCAUAUUAUUAUACAUACUUUGCCAACAUAAUUUAUCAUUUUGGUGAAAUAUGUUGGUGGAGUUCAAAUGCAACAUAUUUUCAAUCCAUUUGUUUGCGUUUGUACUUACUUUUUACUGUAACGACUGUAUUUACUGAGCAUAACCAAGCAUUUAAGCUACUUACUUAUCUACAUAGAAAAUAUACC